AGGGCCAUACAAGCCGAAGAUUGAGUGCCAGAACGUCACCACUCUUGUGACCUCACUGCAGAGACACCAUACAUCUAUCAAAAUUCCUACUAUACUGAGGUUUUCGCCGACAGUCACUCACUAGGCCGUACAGCACUGUUUAAACCUCUGAGAGACACUGUCAUAAGACUCCCAUCGAGGAGAUGUUCAAUAGUACCAGCUUUUCCUACCAUGACCCUCCAACCGUCUAUAUCCUCAACAUCACUCAUCCUAGCUGGGCAGCACAGUUCCAUAAAGACACAACUGGAGAGUUUGUCCUCAACCAUCUACAAAACAACAACGUAAAGUACUGUGGCUAUGUGGUCUACACCCCGACUAUAGAAAUGUACCGAAAUGCCAGUGAGAGCCGUACAUUCUGUGUGGCAUUAGCAGGUUACCCCCGGCUGCUGAUCCCCUGGUUCCUCCUCUUAGGGUGUCUGAUACUUGGUUCCUUCCUGCUACCGGUGGUGGUGUGUCGUCACUAUGUGAGAAAGAAGAGUAACAUGCCAGACGCCUUGAAACUGACAACAAGCAACGUCCCACCUCCAAUGUGGCACCCUCCAAGAGCCAUCACCUACUCCAUUGCCAAGUCGUAUCAUUACCCUGUAGGGUUCUCCUACAGUGACCUGAAGACUGGUAAACUCCAGAUGGGGCCAAAGUUCACCAGCAGCGGAUCUGGGUCCUAUUUCCCCCAGGACGAACUCUCCUCCAUUGUCCAGCCCAGGCACUGUGACACCUACAUCGGCCAGCAGGGUCCACCCCCAGAGCACUCCAACAACAGCACCCAGUCCUCCACCAACUAUUGCAUGGUCGUAGUGCAGGUGGCUAAUAAAGGUGUGGAGGAAGAAUGCCAUCGCCAUCCAAGACAACAUCAACUCUCCAUGGUCAUCUGAAUCCAGUGACCACAAACCCAGUUGGGUUCAAGGUGGCCCAGUUUUGUUUUCGCGUGGAGCACCACCUGAGCCGAACCGGUGUGUUGGAGACAGGAAAUCAACAGGGCACCCCCUGGUACUGCCCACAUUGUGGCGUAUUGAUGGCCUACUGCAGUUGUCCACUUUGCUGCUCCAGCCAGAGACACAGAGUGCCAUGGCCAGCAUGGCACUGCCUACCGACGCUGAGGGGCAGCCCCUUUUCUGGGACCUAGACAGCACUGGGCAAGGGGCAUCCCUAUUGUCUGAUCUGGUCACCACGGGGGAGACAGAGUGGUUGGACCCUGGUACAGGGAGAGAGGAGGAGAGAACAAUAUACACCCCAAUCUCUCCGAUGUGUUUCAAUAACUCCAAUGACUCACCAUCUCACUCCAUACCUCCCAUCAACCUGGCAGACUGCGAGACCUCAUCAAUGACUCACCAUCUCACUCCAAAUCUCCCAUCAACCUGGCAGACUGCGAGACCUCAUCAAUGACUCACCAUCUCACUCCAUACCUCCCAUCAACCUGGCAGACUGCGAGACCUCAUCAAUGACUCACCAUCUCACUCCAUACCUCCCAUCAACCUGGCAGACUGCGAGACCUCAUCAAUGACUCACCAUCUCACUCCAUAUCUCCCAUCAACCUGGCAGACUGCGAGACCUCAUCAAUGACUCACCAUCUCACUCCAUACCUCCCAUCAACCUGGCAGACUGCGAGACCUCAUCAAUGACUCACCAUCUCACUCCAUACCUCCAAUCAACCUGGCAGACUGCGAGACCUCAUCAAUGACAUUCUUGUCUGGUUACAAACAACACUGGGUACCCCUUGCCCCUCAAGGUCUAACAGCAGAGGAUAACUUUGGGAUUUCCUCAUAUGCUCCACAACAGGCUUGGAUUGAUCAGGAGGAAGAAGUGGAAGAAGGAGAUGAAGGAGGAAAUGAACGAACCCGUGAAUUCUUUCUGGGAGGUUGGGUGGUACAAAUUCUUUAGUUCCACUAAAAUAAUCUUAAGGGCCUCUGUGCCUGUUCGCUCUGUUCGGGUCCCCAAUGUACGUCAGAGACAAGUUCCGUCUCAGCGAGUCUUCACAAAGUGCAGGGAGAAGUUGGAAGGAGCAGAGAGAGGGUUUUGGCGGCGGUGCAGAGUGGGGUUUUCACGGUCUCGCUCCUGCCUGCUAUGGAGCUUGUGAUUCAGAAACAAGAACAGGAUUCUACUCCAGUAUCCAGCACACAUGGCCACCUCAAUGGAGUCCUACUGAAUCAAAGCUAUAAUUUUGGCCCUUUUUUAAACAUUAUAACUAUAACUGUAGGACGUAGGAUCAAGUGUUGUAAAAAUGUAGGAUCAAGGAUAUGAGAUCAAAUGCUGUAAAAUAGAUUUGUGUACAUUAUAUUGUGACGCUCUAUUUCAUUUGCAUACUGUGCAACAGUUCCAGCAAUAGGCUAGUUCUACCAAUAUAUGUGUGCACACAUACACACAUCUUAAUGUACACGAACAUGUUCAUUUAAAUCGUGACUGUGAAGUUUCUGUUUCAUUUGAAGAAAUGAAAUGGACAUCCGUGAUUCAAGCUGGGUGGCAUAAGGUGGUAAACAGCCAGUCCUCUUGUGUCACAAUGUCAUCGGCACAAAGCUUUUAAUUUCAUCAUACUUUGUCUCUUUAUUUAUUGUUUCUUGCUCUUCAUAUUAUCUGUGUUAAUGUUCCACGUUAUAUGCACCACAAUGCUGAAGAAAAUAUGACUGACAUUUUCACCAGUUUUAUAGCAACAAUUGAAAUUCGUAUUAGCAUUGAAGGUGAUGCACUGUAUACAUUUCUAAAAAAUAUUAUUGUCAGAAAAACAAAAAGGGGCAGCGUGAGUUCGGUGAGAAAUGUGUCAAAUGACUUUGUUGAGUGUUUGGUCUUCGAAGUAUGUGACCUCAAUAACGUCUAGUGACUAGACUCUAGUCAUUGUUUGCUGCCCUUUUGAGGUGAUGAAAUUACAGGACAGGAGACAAAAGGGUUGGUAAUUCUUUACCAGUGUGGUGGUUAUGGUACUCUGGUGAGCUACUAACACCAAAUGGCAUGUGGUAUCUAAGUGAAACUACCUAUGCUAAUUACUACACUUUGAUAUAUUAAUAGGCUAAAACACUGUUAAAACUGGCAGGUAUUCCUAGUUGAUGCUGUGAUAUUCAACAUAUAUGUACAGUAUAAUACUGAUUUGUUUUUAUAUGGGUCACUUUUAUAACUAAUAUGAUUGUGAAUUUGAUGUUUUCAUUAAAAGGUAACUAUUGUGUUACUGAA